GGGUCACAACACCCGGGCUAAGAGACCAAACUGCAGACACCAGGCCUUUAACUUUCCAGGUAGCUGGGUGUUGUCGAUGGACUGUAGGCUACUACUGAUGUCUUUGCGUAGCUGUUGCACCUGGGCUUUGUCCUUCAGGCUUGCAUCAUACCACCUUCCAAGGCUUUUUACCGGCUGCUCAGACACUGUUGGGAUUUGGUCAUCUCCGAUGAAGAAUUUCAGGUCAGAGAGUACUCCCUUCACAAUCGAGAUGUUGCGUGACUUGGAUGGUUUAAUCUUCAUACGGGCCCAGCUGAUGUUCUCCUCGAGUUUUCUGAGCAGUCUCCUGGUGCAUGGGACAGUGGUGGUCAAUGUUGUAAUAUCGUCCAUGUUCUGAGUGGAGGGAGGCGGAAACCAGAGUCGACUCGCUGUCCACCAGCAACCCAUUUUGAGGAUCUGAUGAUAACCUCCAUUGCCAUUAUGAAUGCCAACGGAGAAAUGGUACAUCCCGCCAUUAUACCUACAUUCAGGCACUGCCAUGAGGUGGUGAACUCUGAGGUGGUGAAGCAGAACUGCAGAUCCUGGAAGUACGACUUCACCAGGGUUGUGAUGGUGUCCUUCUUCUCCACUGUGCCGCGAAGUUUCUCGAGGGUCAAGGUAAGGUCAGUAUUCACUUUUUCACACAACUUCUUGUCACUGGCGCCAGGCCACUUCACAUACGGUCUGUGCCCUGGUAGUCUCCUCUCGACUGCAGGUCUGGGAGGCUGGGUGAGUUCCACUCCUGUUGCUGGUUCAACCUCAGUUGUUACUUCGGUGCUUGAGUUUACGUCCUCAAUGACAGUGGUACUGAUGUACUGCAAACUAUGGUUUGCGUCCAGUUGCUGGGCUUCAUUCGACUGAUUUGAUCUGAAACAUAUAUCAUAAUGUAGAAUUAUUUCAAGCCUUAUCUAUGAAACUGUUAUCAUUAGUCUUGUGGCCUACAGCAGAUCAUCCACCAGGGGGAGACUGGUCGAGGCCCGGUGAUAGACUGAGUAUACAUCACGAGCCGAUGGCUCCAUCUGCUGGACAUGCCAGGUCUCAACGGUCUCUCCGCCCAGGACUAAUUGGGGCUGAUUGGGGAGUUGGUGAAGUAAGGUGGGGAAGUAAGGUGACUUCCGUGUAGUUGGUGACGGUGCCUGAGGGAGUUUUAGUUUAUGUGCCCGACAGGAUACAGCAAAAGAAGCCCAAAAGACGGUAUCCCGGAGAGGGUUUCAUGGGGAGACCUAUCCUUUUCUUUGGAUUUAUUAUUUAAUAAAGACCCUUGAAACUGAGCUAAUAAUACUCUGUCCAUGUCUGAUCUGUGUAAAAGUCUUGACCAAACCCCUGGUCUGCCACAGUUUAUUUAGUCUAUUGUAUAGUUCCUUUCAGUCCAUAAAUCCAAACUCACAAUUGUUUACUUCACAGUCAAGCGUUUUUCAGCAUGUAGUUUCAAUCUAUUGAUGUGUACUGUUAGGCCCAGUCCCUUUAUCAUUGCCCCUCAGAACAGGCUUUGGGGUGUCGGGUAAAGUUGCCCAUAGUUGCUGAUCAUGAGUCAGUUUAGCAUUUUCCCCACUAAAGGUUAAGGUUAGGAUUGGGUUGAGGGAAGACUAAAACAGGUUUUAUUACGCCUUCAGCCAAAACUCAGAUUGGGCAACUUUCAUUUUCAUCACAUCACAACAACAUUGUUGUAUAGUUAUUAUAAUGAUCCCUAUUUGGUAUUAAUUGGUUUAUUCUGGGUUGGAUCUCAACAUUCCAUAUUGUAACACAAUGCUGUUUGAUGAGUUUGAACUGAGUAGAGUUUUUUUUUACCUAUUCGGGUCGCUGCCACAUCCUGCCCCACAUUUUUAUUAAUAGGAUGUACGUUUCCGUGACAACAUAUUUAUGUGACAUCACAGCAUUGAACAGUGAUAGAGGUCAUCUGAGUGGAACAGCGCCGCAUUCUUACAGGAGUCAGCAACGAACUUGAGUAAACACAUUUGCUGAAUGAGACGCAGUCAGGGAGACAGCAUUUUGAUGGGAAUGGAUUUCGUGUUUACCAUGGAGGUCGUGGGCAUCGCCCUGGGAGUCAUAGGAUUAAAACUUACCAUCGUGGUCUGUGCUCUCCCCACCUGGAUAGUGACAACCAUCAUACGGGCUAAUGUUGCCAACAGAGAGGUGGUAACGCACGGCCUGUGGAUGAGCUGUGUGACCCAAGGCAAGGGACAGACACAGUGUGAGGUGUACAACUCCAUGUGGGACUUGCCAUAUUGUAUACAGCCUGUCAAAGCCAUGAUCCUCACUGCCAUCAUCCUGGGGGUUCUGGGGGUCACAAUCUCCAUGGUCGGAGCAAAGUGCACCUACUGCAUCAAAGAUGAAACGUCUCAGACUAAGUUGAUAAUCAUCGCUGGAAUUCUUUUCAUCCUGGACGGAAUUCUCAUCCUCAGCACCUUAUUCAUGGUAACAAUAACCGUCCAAAUCAACUGCUUCAGACAGUACAAAGGAAACUUUGAGUUGGGGAACUCGCUGUACUUUGGCUGGGUGGCGGCCGUCCUGCUCCUUAUUGGAGGGUUCAUACUGUGCAUCAAUGUGGGAGUCUUUGGAUGGAUGAUGGGAAUCUUUGGAUGGAUAGUCUCCCUCAUGCCCUGUUGUAUCUCUGUAUUGUUAAUAUUUAUAUUCCAUGUUUUUCCUGAGCCCCGCUAUAGGGACACAUGGAUGCUUCUGAUGACAACCUCCAUCUCCUCCCUCCUGGGAGCUCUAGGAAUGAUGGGGUCCAUCUUUGGGACCAGGUGCUGUAACUGCAUCAAGAGUAACAGGACAAGGGUCAAGGCCAGGUUCAUUGUUGGAAUAUUCUUCAUCCUGGCUGGUAUCCUGCAAUACACCACUGUCUUCUUGAACUAUUACUUGACACAUAACCUUCCAGAAUACUGGAGGGGGCUUUUGAUAUCUUUUGCUGAACACAGUAGAUGGGCCGCCUCCCUGCUCCUGAUAGGAGGAACCAUACUCUGCUGCAGCACCUUGAAGAAGAAGCCAGACUCGACAACAACUAAAUCAAUCUCCCACUAACAUCUCUGUCCAGAAGCUGUACUUUCUUGUUUUAAAAACCAUAGGGAUCCAAUCAUUCUGAUUAUAUUAUGAAAAAUCUUCUCUAUCCCUUCUGUUCGGUGUUAGAAUAUUGGAAGGGAUCAGAUUAGGUUCCACCUUGUCUUUAACCAGUCAAAGAGGACUUUUUUGACAUAUUGUGUUCAUAUAUUAAAUUCAUUUAGACUGUGAGGAGACGUUCCUGAGGAGACUGCAAUGAAGGGACGUAAUUCUCACUGUUUCUUCUCUGAUUUCCUAUACUCGUAUUGAUACUUCUCUUUCCGUUUCUUGAAAAUGGGAUGAAUUUAAGUAGAAUAAAUUUAGAUUUAGAUUCGAUUUGAAUAAAAAGUUGAUUGUUUAAUGCUGUUAAAGAUGUUCAAAUAAAAAAAACUGUAUCUGACUACAAAGCAUUUCCU